AUGGGUAAGAAGACUAGGCAUAUCUGUGGUCGCUGCCUUGAGUCCUUCAAGAGCAGGAGUGAGCUUGACGAGCACAUGCGAGACCACGCAGACAGCGAGCCGCUCGAGCACAGGUGCACGCAAGCGUUUGACACACAAACAAGCUACGACAAUCACCGCAAGCACGGCCAGCCCUGCUGCGACGCCAUUCACUCUCGGGAUUGGAAACACAGUCCUCGCUCGGGAUACAUCGAUCCAGAUAAGCCCAAGCCAGUCUCUAGGGAAGCAUUGCAGCUGGAGUACGGGGCCACCUCAGCAGGUACGCGAAGCGAUAUGAGUGAAGUCGGGAUGUUCUGCCACUGUUGCAAGAAGACGUUUGCGUCUCACUUCAGAUACGAUUCCCACCUUCUCGGCUGUACCGCAGCCAACAAAGAGCUAUCCUUGGAUACACCUCCCAAGAGUCCAAAUCUUAGACCCUUGCAGACAACGACUCAGCGCGCAAAGACUCCAGUCCCUCAACAGCCGCUUUCAACAUCCGUGGUAUCUGAAAACGCACCUCCAGGCCAAGAACCUGGCAGGUCUGCGCCCGCUCAAGCCCAGGCCCCAGCUGUCUUACAAGCACCCCGCCCCCAGCACGCUGGUGCCGGCACCUUCGUCUGCAAUAAGAAAGGAUGCCAGCGAAGCUACAACUCCGAGCCAGGUCUCAAAAUGCACAUGGCCGACGCACAUGGGGCUGGAGGUAGCGGUCUUGAUCUGUACGGCAGUGACUCUUGGAUGCUUACGCAGCGGGAACGUGAGCGACUGAAAGCUGAAGGUCUCCUCAAAAACUCGACAAAUGGUUCUCGUGGUGGUAAGAACGGCUAUGGCAGGAUUCGGGGAGGUUUUGAUGCCCCGCCUCCAGCUGCAAGUCGUACGCUGCCUAGAGCCGCACCAGCACCACGUAUGCCCUUGCCAGCGACUCAUCGUCCCCAUCAAGCAGCUCCUCGUUUUCCUCCUCCACCAGCUCCUCUACCGACGAGUCAGGACAUUGGUGGUCCCCUAGAGAUGGAGCAGGCCAAGUCUGUCUGUGGGAAGACGUUGCGCCUACUGCUCCAGACUGAUGUCUUCAUCCGUCACGACGGUAAGGUGAGUGUCAGUGGCAUCGACUGGACACGUAUUGGCGUCGAGCGACAGUCUGCCGUUGUCGGCAUAUUCGAAGGGUUGUGCCACCUGCCUCGCAGCCUCCAGGCUGUUGAAUACCUACCAGCACCAAAGACGUUCUUGACCGAGUAUACCGCGCAUUAUCCAACGACAGAGUUCGAAAGUGCUCCGGCCCGGAACCAGGCAAAGCCUGCUCUAGGCAUUAUCGCCAUGGCUUGCAGCAAGAUCGUCCUCGGCAGCGGAUGCCACGAGGUCGUGAAGAUCGCCGCUGUCGAUGUGCUUACUUGCCGUGUGCUCAUGAGCCACUUGGUCUGCACCGAUCCAGAUGCGCAAGUUGCCAACUGGAACUCAUCCAACACAGGCCUGAACAGCUUUAGUGAUCUGGAGAAUGCUCGUCAGGUCGGUUACAGGGUCCUCAAGGGCUGGGCUGCAGCUCGCGCAGCUCUGUUCAAGUUCGUUGACCAGGAGACCAUUAUUGUUGGCCACAACCUCAGGUCUGAGUUAGAUGCGCUGCGUGUCAUCCAUGGCCGUGCAGUUGACAUCGUCAAGGUGGUCGAGAAGGCAGCAAAGGGUCCACUAUCGAAGGCACAAGUCAGCCUUGACAGCUGGUGCCGUGACGUUGCAAAUGUUGCCAACUUGAAGACGGACCCUGUGUUUGGACGAGACUGUGUUAUGAAUGCGUUUGCGGUACGUGAGAUUGGCCUGUGGUCUAUCAAGAACCGGGAGACGUUCGAGAAGGUGGCGAAGAAGAAGACGACGGAGUACCAGUCGGUGAUGAAGAUGUGAGAGCAGCGCAGAAAAGGUUGGUGGGAAGCGACAAGGAGGAAAGGCUCAGAGAUGUGUGGCGAUAUGGAAAAGACAAAAAGAUACUACACGCGCAGACCAAGCAAUGCGAAAGAUACUCAGACUGACCUGCUUUUGCAGAACGCGACUUGUUGAAGCUCCUCUUCUUGAGUCUGGUGGUCAAGGACCUGCAGAGCUCCACGCUGAUUCAAUGCAUAUAACUCACUGCUGCUAUACAUC